AAUGCAUUUUUCGGGUUCGUGAAAAUUUAACAUUUUGUUCUUUCGUUGUAUAAAAGCGUAUGUGAUAAUGCCUAGAACUCCAGUGAGGAUCGAUCCUCAAUUGUGAAAGCAAUCGGUAGUGUGCCAACUGAAGAUGCGAGCUCUUCUGGUGUUAACCGCCAGCCUUGCGGCAGCUUCCGCGCAGUUUUUUGGAGACUCGGUGCAAGUCCUACCGGCUACCUAUGAACAAGGGGUAACAACAAUCGGUGCUGGGCCCUCGGUCGGUUUCGGGCAGGUUGGAGGAGGAUUCGGAGGAUCUGUCGGUAGUUCCGGAGGAUUCGGUGGUCGCAGUGGAGUUGGCCGAGGAUCUGGAUUUGGUGGAGGCUCUGGCUUCGGUGGAGGAUCUUCAGUGAGCGGUGGUUCUGGUUUCGGUGGAGUUUCCCAGUCCAGUAGAAGCUCCGGAUUCGGUGGAGGAUCCUCGGUGAGCGGAGGAUCUGGUUUCGGUGGAGGAUCUUCGGUGAGCGGAGGUUCAGGAGUUUCUUCGUCCAGUAGAAGCUUAGGGUUCGGUAGCGGUGCCCGAUUUGGCGGAAGUGUAGGUUCCAGUUCUGGAGGAGGAACUACCGGGUUUGGAGGUGGCUCCGGUUUCAGUUCAGGAGCCAGCAGUGGUUCUUCCGGAUUCGGUGAAGGUGUAGGAGCUCGAAGUGGAGGACCAGUUCGUUAUUUCGUUAAACCUGAGGUCGUUAAAAAACAUUUCUUCUAUCAUGCUGCUCCGGAGGCUGACGGCCCCGUAGAUUCGGAGGCUCGCGUCGAGAUUCAACCCCAGACCCACUACAAGGUCCUGUUCAUUAAGGCCCCAACUGCUUCGGCUGCUGCUGCCGCUCGGGCCGCUGCUCGUACCCGCACUCAGGAGAAGACCAUUGUUUAUGUGUUGGUUGGUAAAUCCGAAGGUGGAGCCGAUUCUUCCGCUGAUGCCGCUGUCGAUACUUACAACAGUGCCAAACCGGAAGUAUAUUUCAUCAAGUAUCAAGGAAAGAAUACUGGUGGAGCAGGAGGAGUCGGUGGUGCUGGAUUUGGCGGAGGAAGUGUCGGUGGAUUUGGCGGAGGAAGUGUUGGUGGAUUUGAUGGAGGAAGUUUCGGUGGAUUUGACGAAGGACUAAGAUUUGGUGGUGGUGGCAGCAGCGGCGGUGUUGGUGGUGGCAGUUUUGGUAAUAGCUUCGGAGGUACUAGCAGCUUAGGCCGUUCAACUAGCAGUUCAAGUGGUUCAGAUUUCAGCAGUGGUUCCGGUUUCGGCAGUGGUUCAGGUUUCACCGGAGGUUCCGCGAAAUUCGGUGGAAGUAGCAGCAACUUCGGCGGAUCAGGAGUUUCUGGAUUCGAUGCGGGUAGCUCGGGACUUUCAAGUGGAUCGUACACAUUCAGCGGUGAAAGUGGAACUACCAGUUUCGGCCUAAGCCAAACCUUUAUUCCGGGUGGCACCGAAACAACAUCUUUCUAGAGCCGUUCGGGUGCAUCGAAUUAAUCAACUGUCAUUUCCGUUCUUCUUCCAAAUGGAACAACGGACGGAAAACAUGACAGCCAUCGAACGAAGUGAUUUUUGAUAUGGACAGAUCAACGAUUAAGAUUUCGACAGUAUUGUUAAGCUAAGAACGUAGCAGUUUAGGAACCAACGCGAUAAAAUAGAUUUAUUUUUUUUUUGCAGGAUUAGCUUAGAAGAGAAGACUCACAUCAGAAGCCAACUUUGUACAAUUUAUGUAACUUUAAACGAAAAUAUAAAUAACAGUAUAAAAUGAA